AUGGUAGAGGUUGAAAAGAAGCGAAUUGCUGAAAUUUGCACCAAAAUAAUAAAUGAACCAGAAAAGAAUAUAAAUGAGGUAUCUAUUCUUCUUCAAGCAAAUAAAGACAAGGGUGUGCUCUUUCUGUCGCUCACAAAGGUGUUUAAGAAUAUUGCGCCGUUAUAUCGCAUUAGACUGCACUCGAAUAAAGUCAAGCACAAGAAUGAAAAUCUCAGCAUCACGGAAUUUGACAGAACACUAUUCAAGCAAUACAAUUUGUUUGUAAAAGAAAUCUGUAAUUCGGACAGUGCUGAAAGCUACAAGUCGGCAGCAGAGCUACUCAAAUCCCUUGACCAUUUUAAUUUCUCAGAUAGAAUUGUUGCCAAGGUCUUGUUGGGAACAACAAGGUCCCAUUCAGUUGCAAUGCAUUGUACCGAGGCACUUGUUGACAGAAUUAAGAAUGACCAAGUAGGCGAUACUAUUUCCAUUAUAGUUGACAGAUGCUUGGACUACAGAUUCAGCCAUUAUAUUGUUAAAGCCAUGCUAGAAUCCCAGUAUUUGCAAAAAUGCGUCGAAAUAAGAAUUGAAAAAGAAUGCUACUACGAAAAAGAAAGUAUCGAAAAGAGAAAGAAGGAAAAGCUGGAGAAACCUGGCAAAGGCUUCUUUUCUAAGAAGUUUUUGGUGGACAAAAAGGAGCGAAAAGAUGAAAAGCAGAGACUCCAGCUUCAAAAAGAGACCAAAAUGCAAGAAAAAUAUGAGCUAAAUUCCAUAAAUGAGAAAACCUAUAUUAAAACAGUAAAUGCAAUGCAGAGACUGUAUUUUACAAUAUUGAAAGAUCAGGACAAGGUCCAUUUUGAGGAUACAUUUAUUGGUGUACGAAAGUAUAUUAGAAUCAUCAGGAAAGAAUUCCAUGAAGGACUCUAUACUUUACUGCUGGACGCUAUAAAGAUCGCAGAUGUUGGUGCUGCUUUAGAAGGCAUUUUGACCAUCUUUGAGAUCUACAAGGAUUGCGGAUAUGAUUUUAAAAGAGUCAUUAAUGUGCUAUUCCAGAUGGCCUAUCCUUUCAACUAUUCACUCACUGCCGAGUUGGUUCAGAAGUUUUGCAGCUGUGUUCGACACAUGUUUUUAGAUAUCGUUCAAUCAAAGAUGCGCGCCAUAGUUUUUACACAGAGACUAAUGCAUUGUAGAAUAAUCAAGUAUGUUCCUGAGCUUGACAGAUUGAUUAAGGACUUAGAGGUCAAGUACAAUCUCGAGUUCACAGACUUUGAUAUGAGGUAUCAGACACUUGAAGAUUUAAAUGCCAGUGAUGUCGAUCGCAUUACAAUUAAGCCCUUUUAUGAAUAUUUCCUCUUCAAAAAGAUUCGUUAA